AUGGUUAUGUCGCCCAGCAGACGACUGUCUUCGCCAGGAAUCGCUGCCCAUCCGAUGAAUAUGCAUUUGAGCUCUCUGCAACUGAACUCGCAGCUGCAAUUGAACGCUCAAAUGCACCAGAAGUUGACGGUCGGCUUGACUCCGAACCAUAUGAGUGGAUUUUUCAAGAGCCCAUCGACUUCCCCGAGUAGCAUUAAUGCAAAUAUGAGUAACAGUGGCGCAAGCGCCAGCCACAUUUCAUCCAACUCCAGCACGGCGUCUACAUCGAACGGCAACGAUCGCAACGACCGCAGUUCGCGUGACAAUUCUACACCCACUAGCAGCAGCAGUAUGCCCUCCGUAGCUGAAUUGUCCACACACCCGCUCAACCGGCUACAGUCAAUGCAGCCGUUCGAUUUCCGCAAGCUAUCAGCCGCUGCAGCCAGCCUCAGCGGUUUCUCGGCCCCCGGUUUACCUCCACCAAGACUGAGUCCGGAGGCAGCCGUCGCUCAACAUCACUUUAACCAACAACAGCAACAUGCAGCUGCCGCGGCCGCAUUCUCCCAAGCUGUAACAACUUCGGCAAAGCGGCGAAACUCGCAGUCAUCUUUGGAAGCUCAGACGGCCGCUUCGCGCGAUCACGCAGCCGCCGCCGCAGCAGCCAACUUUAUGAAUCUUUCGAUGAGCGGUCACGGCCUCCCAUUCUCUCUGCCACCUCCACCUCCACCAACCUCUGUGGCGAUAUCUCUGGCAAAUUCACUCAACCACUCGGCGGCUGCAAUGGCGGCGGCCGUUUCAGGAAACCCACUGGCGGCUAGCUUCGUAGCCCAGUCCUUUCCGAACUUGUUGGCGGCUUCUACUCGCGAGUCUCGAAGCAAAUCACCUCAUCCACAUCACAAACAUCAUUCGCACAAAGGCGGUGUACAACAAGAUCACCACCACAAGGUUAACUCUGACAAGGGUUCAGCGGGUAGCGGCGAUUCCCUCGGCGGUGGCGCUGGACGAGACAGCGACAGGGAAUCCUUACACCAUCAUCACCAUCAACACGAGCGCGACCAGCGAGAACGAGAUCGUGAAAACGUGCUAAACCUCAGUCGCGACUUAGCGGCGGCUGCAGCGGCGGCAGCGGCAAGCAGACGCCCAAUGCAACCAGGAGCAGCUAUGUCCCGCCCAAUGCACCUCCCUCCAUCAUCGGGAGGCCAUGUGAAGAAGCCCUCUUCGUCACCAAGCAACGGUAAACGACAGUGGGGUGCAAUACCGCCGAAUCUCGGCACGCAAUACGUCAAUCCAGCGACGGGAAAGAAACGUGUUCAGUGCAAUGUUUGUUUCAAGACGUUCUGUGAUAAAGGCGCUCUGAAGAUACACUUUUCGGCGGUUCACUUGCGCGAAAUGCACAAAUGCACAGUGGAGGGUUGUAGUAUGAUGUUCAGCUCGCGCCGUUCGCGCAACCGACACAGCGCCAAUCCGAACCCGAAGCUUCAUUCCCCGCACCUGAGGCGUAAAAUUUCUCCACACGAUGGCCGCAGUGCGCAGCCUCAUCCUAUACUGUUGUCUACAGCCGGUAUGCCGUUACCAAACGGUCUCAACCCAUUGCAUCCCUUCGGUCCCGCUUUUCCUCUCAUGCCCCCGGGAGACCACCUUCGUGGUCAUCCGUCGCUCUCAGCACUUGAGUUCAAGGCGAACAUGGAAGCCAGCAUGCACCGGCGUUUGGCUGCCGAACAUCACAUGCAUCAAGCCCAUGCAGCUUCAGCUGCCGAAAAACACCACCGAGAGAACACACGCGCCUCUUUAAGCCCAGAGAGCUACCGCUACCGCAGUAACAGUCCGCACAGUGACACUCCCGAUCGGUACAUGGGCUCCGGAUCUUCGUCCGGUGCGCCCGGACACUUCAACAGCUCUGGAAGUCGUUUGGACGAUGACGAUGGAGACGACGAGGAGGAUGACGAUGAUGACCGAAAUGGCAUCGUAAUCGAUGGCAACGAUGUGGAUGACGAUGUCGAGGGACACCAGUUCGACAUGUCUCUUAGCUCUGAGUCUGAAGAUAUCAAAUCGUUCGGACAACACGAGGAGGACGACGAAGACGUGCUAUCGGAACGAGGCGCAGAAGAGGAACCACAAGACUUUAGCCUGACGAACCGACGAAACGGCCCAUCACCGUCAGACGGGGACGAGGCCACAAGCAACAAUGGCGAUAGCAACGGCGAAGUGACACGCGACGACGUCAAUGCGUUUCUCUCGAUAAAUAAGCGCAAACGCAAGAGCCUCAAUCCCACCAAGUGUGCCGUCGCUUCAUCGUCCUGCAUGUCUAAUAACGAAGAGAAUGAAGAGUCACCGCCCGCUAGAGAACCUCAGGAAAUUACAGCUCCAAUGGAGAAGAAAAUCAAGGCGAACUCUUGGGAAGACGGUGGACCAGAGCAGAAAGUACGAUCUAACACUCCGGAAGCAAAGGAGAGAAAUUCGCCUUUGACUGCGAACGGAAACCCAAUUCUUGAACACAAGGAGAAUAAAACAAACAGUUGCAAUCUGUCUGAAGAAUCUGUCGUGUCUGAGCUAUCCUCGAUGGAAAAUCGUAAAAGUGUGGAUCGACACAAUCAUGUACGUAUCAAGUCAGAACCUAUGGACGAUGGUGAUGGUGCAACAGAGGCUACAGAUCUGUCACUUAAUCUGUCGAAGAAACAACGCUCGAGUCCAGACGUGAAUGCGAAUGAAAAGUUCCAUAGCAAGUAUUCAAUCGAGGUUCGUCCAUCUUCGGAACUUAUGGAAAAUCCGCUACCGCUGGUACGUCCGAAGCAAGAACCCACCGAAAGAGAUCGCCGUCCAGAUUCUGAAGAUAGCAAAAAGAGUUCGGGGGAACACUUUGAUUCAGCCAACUCUUUGCGUCAGCUAGAAAAUCUGUCUCAUGACCCAUUAAACGAUAUGAUGGUGCAGCGCGCAGCCGUCGGACUUCUCGGUGGUCCUCAGUUUCCACCACUCAGCUAUCUGAUGAAUGCAGCUCCACCAAGUCCCGCUCGAUCUCAUAGUACAUCUCCGACGCCGAUUGGUCAAGAACAAGAACAAGAUGAAUCAGACGAUAAUGUUGACUAUUGUGAGGAGGGUAACUGCUUCAGUGACCCGGACGUGCCACUGGAUAAGGAUAACCCGAAGAAAUGCUCGGCUUGCGGAAAGCUUUUCCAGAACCACUUUGCCGUCAAGACUCACUAUCAGAACGUACACCUGAAGCUGCUACACAAAUGCAACAUCGAUGGUUGCAACGCGGCUUUCCCGUCGAAGCGAAGUCGUGAUCGUCACGCUUCAAACCUGAAUCUGCACCGUAAGCUUCUGUCGACCACGGCCGACAGCAGUGAAACGGUUUUAUCGAUGGAAAAAAAUCAUCAGCAUCAACAACAGACACAGUCACAGUUUCCUGGAGCCGGAGCCUUCCCUGGCUCAACCCUUCCUGCCGAGUUCCUUGCACGCCUCUACGCAGACUCCCAAAAAUUCCCAAUCAACCUUGAGGCGGCCUUUAAGAAUCACGCACUACAAGCACCAGGAAGUGGAACAGCCGCUUAUGCCGAUCACUUUCUUAAUGGAGCCACAGCACAGCGUGGUGGCUUUCCACAGACCGCUCCCAAUCCUUUCCUUUUCCCUCCGCUCGGAGGGUUGGCUGGUUUUCCCGGAUUGUCACAAUUUUCUCACCUGCUCCCGCAUCCCUUGAAUGCAAUAUCUUCUACCCAAUUUACCACAGGAGGUGGUGCUGGAAGUGGAGGAGGCCGCGUGUCUGCAUCACGAUCUGAUUCUCCAAUUUCUGCAUGUUCUCCACCCUCUACUACCAACAUUCCAUCACCUCUAUCUAUACACGAUCGGACGACACCCACGCCCGGUGGGUCCUUUCACAACCCGAAUGCUUCGGAACGACCUCGAUCGACCAUGGCAGCAUCAGCCCUAAGUAGCCGCCGCACUCCAGAUUCUGUUUCAUGA